AUGACAUUCUUCUGCUGCCAGGCCAUUCAGAACAUGAACACCACCAUUAAGGCACACUUGUGCCUGAGUCUGUUCCUGGCAGAACUGCUGUUCCUGAUAGCAAGCUCCAUCGAUACACGCACGGUUUUGUGCGCCAUUGUCGCUGGUGGAAUGCACUAUUUGUUCUUGGCUGCCUUCUUUUGGAUGUGUCUGGAAGCUGUCCAGCUCUGCCUCAUGGUACUCAACCUCAAAGUGGUGAACUUCUCCCGCACCCGAGUCAUUCCCCAGAGAUUGAUGUACCCCAUCGGCUAUGGGUGCCCAGCUUUGAUUGUGAUUGUGACUGCCGCGGUGUAUGCCAAAGGCUACGGCACCAACAGAUUCUGUUGGUUAAAGCUGGAGGAAGGCUUUUUGUGGAGUUUCCUGGGACCUCUGUGUUUCAUCAUUUUGGUAAAUUUCAUUCUGUUGUCAAUAUCACUCUGGAUCCUGAAAGAGAAGAUUUCCAGUCUAAAUGCGGAUGUUUCAACUAUUAAGGAAUCCAGGUAG